GGGUCUGGCUCACUCGUUCAGGUUGGAGUGCAGUGGCGCGAUGUCCUGGGCUCCAGAUCCUCCCGCCUCAGCCUCAAAGCGUUGGGGCUACAGGGGCGCGCGCGCGCCCGGCCCAUUUUAACUUCUUAUUUUUGAGACAGUCUCGCUCCGUCGCCCAGGCGGGAGUGCAGUGGCGCGAUCUCGGCUCACUGCAACCUCUGCCUCCCGGCUCAAGUGAUUCUCGUGCCUCAGCCUCCUGAGUAGCUGGGAUUACAGGUGUGCACCACCACACCCGGCUAAUUUUUGUAUUUGAGUAGAGACGGGGUUUCACCAUGUUGGACAGGCUGGUUUCACCAUGUUGGAUAGGCUAGUCUCGAACUCCCGACCUCAAGCGAUCCGCCCGCCUCGGCCUCCCAACUUGCUGGGAUUACAGGCGAGAGCCACUCCGCCCAGCCCCGUUUUAACAAUUUUUAAACUUCCAGUUCAGAGGCGUUCCCGCGCCCGGCAGGGUAGGCGCAGUGCGCAGGCGCUCAAAGCCGACGUGAAGGCAACUCGCUGAUGGCGCCGGUAGGCCGCUGGCAGAAGGGCCGCGACCUCACCUGGUACGCCAAGGGCCGGGCGCCAUGCGCGGGCCCGAGCCGCGAGGAGGAACUGGCAGCCGUGCGGGAGGCGGAGCGCGAGGCGCUGCUGGCCGCCCUUGGCUACAAGAACGUGAAGAAGCAGCCCACGGGCCUGAGCAAGGAGGACUUCGCGGAGGUCUGCAAGCGGGAAGGAGGCGACCCCGAGGAGAAGGGCGUGGACCGGCUGCUGGGGCUGGGGAGCGCCAGUGGCUCCGUGGGCCGCGUGGCGAUGUCCCGAGAGGACAAGGAGGCCGCCAAACUGGGGCUGUCUGUGUUCACGCAUCACCGCGUAGAGAGCGGCGGGCCCGGGACCUCGGCAGCCUCGGCCAGGAGGAAGCCGCGGGCGGAGGAUCAGACGGAAAGCAGUUGUGAGAGCCACAGGAAAAGCAAGAAGGAGAAGAAGAAAAAGAAAAAGAGGAAACACAAGAAAGAGAAGAAGAAGAAAGACAAAGAGCACAGGCGGCCAGCUGAGGCCACCUCUUCUCCCACAUCUCCUGAGAGGCCCAGGCACCACCACCAUGACUCCGACUCCAACUCCCCCUGCUGUAAGAGGAGGAAGCGGGGACACAGUGGGGACAGGAGGAGCCCGUCUCGCAGGGGGCAUGACAGAGGCUCUGAGGCCUGAUGGCUGGACCCUGCUCACUGCUAUUGUGGGACCCUGAACCCUCCCUUCACCUUGCUUGCCUCCUGCCUCGGAAGCUCCUCGGGUGUGGGUGAAACCCGAGGCUGCUCCUGUGGAAGUGGCUCUGGGCACCAGCCUGUGGGGCUAAAGACUUGACAGCUAGCUCUGGAGCAGCCAGCUUCCUGGAAAACCUCCAGGUUUCGCAUACCAGGGAUGGCCCCUGGCUUGCCCUGCGAAGGUGAACCUGCCCAGAUGUAUCAGUAGAGGCUGGACUCCCUCUGUGUCCUGCCCAUGGCUGCAGCAGCCAUGGGCCUAUGAGCGGUCUAACUGGCCAAGUAUGGUGACCUCUAUUUUUCUUUAUAUUGACUCUUUGUAUUUCAAUAAAUAUAUUUUAAAAGGAA